AUGCCCUUUGCGUUGGGCUUCGAUAGCCUCCCCAUUCAUCCUACCAAACGUCGUAAACUCUCACAUCUACCAGACAUGACCCGGGAUCAUAGGCAGGCGCCUGCGCCUGCCUAUGUCUCGAAGGAAGGACAGCAUUAUCGUCCAGACCAUGACCUUGAUAUAAGGACCAGCGACCGGGAAGAACUCAUCCAAUGCAUCAAACGUGGCCAGAGGCCAACUUGGGUUCCUAAGCCUGGUCUCGAAGCGCUAUGUGCGGAAACAAAUGCGGAACAGAACUCUAGUGCCUCUGCCUCUGCCUGUGGCUCUGCUUCUGCCUCUAAAAGGGUUAUUCCCCACACUCCAGAGAAGAGCCCGUUGCCGCCUCCAACCUCUCUCUCUGGCACCGAUGCCUUGCGUCGCUCGCUUUCGGCAUUGCAUACUGGAGAUUUUCAUGACCCAAAUCUCCCCAAUGAUCUCCGCCCAUCGAGCAUCUCCCCAUCUGAUAGAGACUUCUAUCACUCAGACUAUAAUUCUUCAUCUGCCUAUGUCUGGUCACCGACAUACCUCCAUUCUUACAGCCCGCCUGCCACACGGUCUUUGCACACUGACCCCCUCGGACGGCCUCGUGCGCCAUCUUUAGGCAGCAGCUUGUCUUCGACUUUCGUCAUGAGGGUUCCCACCAGCCCUCUGGUCCAUGCCAUGAACAAUCCCUCGCUAGACUUUUCCCCGCGAGAGAGAUCUUCUGAAGUCAACAAGAAUGUCCGACGACGGACCAUGCCACCAAACGCUUUUGACACGUUCGGCAUGUCUCCGAUAGACGACGUUUUGCCUGACCUAGCGCACAUAUCUCCUCAAACACAGCCUCCAAAUGAUGCUUCCAGUUCUUCCCAGCGCCACAAACCACGCCGUUCCUUGAGCUCUUUCACAUACCAACCCGCCAGCUCUCCUCUCACCUCAUUCUCGGCCAGAUCACGGCGACCUUCUCUGGCCUCGGAUCUUUCUCCGAGGCAACGGGCGCCGAUGGUAGGAUCGUUCGAGGAAUCUAUUCUCCGUGGACGCAUGUCAACCCCGCCUUCUAAACCUCUUGAUUUUGUUGCUCAGAUUGGAGUGGUGGGAAAAGGUAACUGCCCAUCAAGUCUAAAGUGUCCUGCCCAUGUCACGAUCCAGUUUCCGGCGGUGUUCUACAAUUAUCCUUCCGCCAAUCAAUCGAGAUCUGUCUAUGACGACAAUCCGAGUCCGUAUGUUGGGACUAUAGACUUGGAGCACAACUUGAAACCUGCCGAACUGCAACCCCGACGCUCACGCCGAACCCAAGCCACCCUCGAUACAGAGGCGUUGGCAGCUGAGCUCACCAGCCCUGAGAACACUCACAUCGGUCGGGCGUUGGUUUGUGAAGUGAGGGACAAACCCCCUUCCACGCCCACAGUGAAGGUCCCACAUGGGGGCGUUUAUCGAGUGCCUCAAGCAGGACAGCUACAAAUAAUCAUCAAGAACCCGAAUAAGACGGCGGUGAAGCUCUUCCUCGUGCCGUACGAUCUAGAGGGCAUGCUCCCAGGAACCAAGACCUUUGUUCGGCAGCGCAGCUUUUCCUCUGGUCCAACACUGGAGACCACUCUGUCCGACAAGCAACCAGCCUGCACAGUACAUGACGCAGCGAAUGGCAAGGACAUUCUUCGCUACCUAAUUCAUCUCAAAUUUUGUUGUACUUCGAAGGGCCGUUUCUACCUGUACGAGAACAUUCGUGUGGUCUUUGCUCACCGAGUACCCGAUGACAAGGAGAAAUUGCGGAACGAAGUGCAACUUCCGGAGCCCAAAUUCAGCACUUACAAGCCAUCUUUAGAGGGUGGUUCGCCGAGUCCAAGUAUCGGUGAAAAAAUGUCGUCUCAACCAAAUGACAGGGUGGCAGAGAACUCAAAAACGGAAGAAAGGUUGGACGCGGAACCAUCUAACUCUGGCAGGAAACCCCAUCAUGAAUUCCAUACCCCUCCAGGGACCAUACCAGAGCACCAAGACUCAAACGGAACAGGUGAUCACCACCCAGACGACCUUCCAGUCGGAACUCAUCGGCCAGUGUCUCCCAUUCCUGGCUUUUUACCUUCAACAUCAUCUCGAAAUUCUCCCGUUCCUUGGGCGGCGGCGUCACGUACAUCGCCCGUGGUUGAAGCUGGAGAUGGUCUGAUAUCUCGCAAACUGCGAGAACUCAGCGGUCAAUUACAACGGUGA